AAAAAAUGAGCUACUAGACAUAUUAGAGUUGCGAUAAAACCCGCUAGGUGUUGCGGCUAUCUGCAAUUGCUGUCAUUUUGCAGCAAACAGGCGAAAGUUUAUGGAUAUGGCUGUAAUCUUGAACAAACUCUUACUUCUUCAUCAUUUUAUCACCCUUAUUGAAACAUUGUGCAAUUUUAAUGACUCUUUAAAAAAAGAGAAUUGUAAAACUUAUAGAGAUGAUCUGCAUUACCUACAAUGCCAUUCAGUACUCUGGACAAAUUGCAGUAUUUUCUGGGAGAGUUACACAUCGGGUGAAGAAGGCGGAUUUAUACAAAAGAAAUAUAAUGGAAGUAAAGAUGAAUAUAUGUCAUUCGAACCUAGAGGAGAAAAGAUACCCGCCACAGCUAGUCUGAAGAGUCCCUGGCUUCCUCCAGCAGGAGUGAAUUGUACCUUACAAUUCUCCGCAAAUUCUGAAAGUAAUCUAAAAGUAUUCAUAGAAGAGAAUAUCAAAAGUAGCCCAAAGAAAUUAAAGUUUGUCAAGAUCAAUUCAACAUUGGGUAACUGGCCUCGCUUCGAGUCGACAAUUGGUCGUGUUACAAGAAACUAUAAGCUCAUUUGGUUGGCUAGUAUACAUAAUAAACACGACUUUGCUGGUAUUGACGAUAUAGAUUUAAUAUCCUGCGAUGUCGACGGAUCACAUUUAGAACCUUGUCCAUUCCCUCAUUAUAGAUGCAAAGAGAACGGACUUUGUCAAUCCUAUAAUAAAGUUUGUAAUUUAAAAGCUGAUUGCUUGCUGGGAGACGAUGAACACGAUUGCGACGAUAUGCCGGAUUCUGUUCGUUGCAAGUUUCGUAAUAAUUUUUGCGGUUGGACACACUACUCCACAGAUGGCGCGUCUACAGCAAAAAUUGAAAAAUCUGAUUUAAUUGGGCCCUCAUUAAGUUUUAAACAGGGACGUUUUGUAAGCCCACCGCUCCCAUCAACAAUAAAUCAGUAUGAGUUGGAUUGUACUAUGUCUUUUGGAUUCGAGAAUAAUAACACAGAUGCUCAGCUUCAACUCCAUCAGAAAAGUCUAAAAACCCGAUGCCAAAGAACCGAUAGAUGUCAAGAUUAUCGGCCAAGCUUGACUUGCCCUAAAGCAUCUUGUAUAAAAAAGUGCAAUGGUAAAAUGUUCUGCCUAAAUAGAACUGAAGGAUGUAAUAUUUGCGAUAGUGGUAAAGAUAUGAUUCACUUAUGGCCGACUGCAAGAAACCAUACACCUUUUGUGACAAUUAGAUCAUCAACUACCUUUUGGUUAGAAUUUAAUAUAUUUCCAAAAGAAGCUCGCUAUCCAAUAAGACUUACACACAUCAUGUUUAAUCCUCUUUGUUUUGGAAAAGUUCAUAAUGAUAAAGAACAUCUCGAUAAGGAAAAAAUGAAAAAAGUUCUAAUGACAUCAAAGAAUCAUAAUUUUCGAUUUCGAACUUGUGGAGCUAUAGGAUCAAGAGGUCCUAAUCAAAAUCAAUGCGAUUCUGCAUACAAGUCUAAGGGUUUUAAAGUAAAGGUAACAUCCAACAACGAGAAAAUUACUCCUGGUAUCCAAUUAUGGACUGUUAAUAAAACUGAUACCUACACCAUUAAUGCAGUUGGUGCUUUUGGUGGAAGAAGUAUAAAUAUAAAAGAUCAGUUUCAACCCACAUUCGUCAGCGUGAAUUGCAACUUAACUGCGGAUGAGCAGUUGUUUAUUCUUGUUGGUCAGAGGGGAGAUGGUGCUUAUUGCAGAGAGUCUCACGAGUUAAAAGGAAACGCCAAGAAGAUAUGCGAAGCUUAUAAAGCGGGAAAUGAGUCAAGUAUAGUUGGAGGAGGUGGUGGCGGCGGCGGCGGAGGAGGAGCAAGUUAUGUAUUUAAAAAAUUCAACGGUAUUCUUAUACCUUUAGUUGUGGCUGGAGGAGCUGCAGGUAGAGGUUUAGUAGAAAGUGAAGAAAGCAUUAAACAUUUAAGAACACACCAUCCUAAUAUUAAUCUAAUCAACAAGGCGGGUGGCUCACCGUGCCAAAAAAGCUUAAAAGCAGGAUGGAAAACAUACGGUGGUUUUGGAGGAGGUGAAGGAGGAUGUGAGAAGGGAGGAAGAGGGGGAUACAACGGACAAUUUUACAUCAAUACUGACUUUUGUGCGAACGAUACAUUAUCAGUCUUUAAAGAUCCAUCACAUACGGAAGAGGAUGGCAUGGUUGAAGUAGUUGAAUACUUACGAUGUCCGGAAGAAUGCGAAACCUGCAUGUUAGUUUAUCGACAAAACGGUAGUACCUGUUUAGAUUGUUUUAGAGCUGGCGAAAGGAUGUCGGACAAGGUUCCUUGUAGCGGUCUCAAACGAAAACCCAAACAAAUAAAGGAAAACGAAAAUCAAAUGGGUAGAAUCUUAAAAAUUGCUGUUGCUCCAUUCUGCGCACUCCUAAUUAUAGCAUUCUCCAUAUUUUUAUUAUAUAGACGAAGGUUGAAAAAGGAAAGAGCCAUAAUAGCCAAUAUUCCCCUUAAUAGAUUACAGGCUGGGAAUCUUGCAGGAGCUAUUAAUACUAUUAAUCCGAAUUAUGCUUUCAAUAAUUGGGAUAGUUCUCGUCUAGUGGAAUUGCCACGAGAUCGUCUAACCUUAAUACAAUCUAUUGGUAAAGGCGCUUUUGGGGAAGUAUACAUGGGAUAUUUAAUAUUUGAUGAAGAAACGCCAGAAAUUGCGGUUGCUGUUAAGACGUUAUCUGCAAUGCCUGCACAGAGUUCAGAGAGGGACUUUACUCUUGAAGCCAUUAUAAUGAGUCAAUUCGAUCAUGAAAAUAUAGUAAAGUUAAUCGGAGUAUGCUUUCAAUCUAAUCCACGAUAUAUUAUUCUUGAGUUACUUGAAGGAGGUGAUAUGCAGACGUUUCUUCGAGAAAACAGACCAAAAACGAACGCCUCAUCUCAGCUAACUCUUUACGAUUUGAUGCAACUAGCUCAUAAUGUUGCUAGCGGCUGCCAAUACUUGGAAAAUAGACACUUUGUUCAUCGAGAUGUAGCAGCUAGAAACUGUCUUUUGACAACCAAAGACGUUGAUAGAAUAGCAAAGAUUGCAGAUUUUGGUAUGGCAAGAGAUAUUUAUCAUAAUGACUACUAUCGGAAAGGAGGAUCAGCCGUUUUGCCAGUUAAAUGGAUGCCUCCCGAAGCAUUCCUUGAUGGUAUUUUCUCAAGUAAAACCGACGUCUGGUCGUUUGGAAUAGUUCUCUGGGAAAUUUUUUCCCUAGGAUUUUCUCCUUAUCCCGGUAAAAGUAACCAGGAGGUUAUGCAUGUAGUACGAGGUGGUAUCAGAUUGGAUGCGCCAGAACAUUGCCCACCCUCAGCCUACUCUCUAAUGAAGAAUUGCUGGGAUCCAGACCCAAAACUAAGACCAUCCUUCGAAGACAUUUUAAAAAGUUUAAAUGAAAUUAUAUCAAAGAAUAAAGAGUUGUUAUAUUCUCAAAUUACAGUAAAAACGAAAAAUUUACAUUCCAGAACUUUAUUACCAGUUGAUUCACACGAACAAACUCAAAGACUAUUGGAAAGGAAUUACGUAAAUGAAAAUCGAACUAACGAAGAAUUGGAAGAAAUGGGAAUUUUCGAAUAG